UAAGAAAUAUAUAUAAUUUUAAUUAUUAUAUAUAACAGUUUCUUAACGGUUCCUAGUACAUAUUUUUUUCAGGAACCGAGAACCGAACUAUUAAUAAAAAAUAGGAACCGAACCGUUAAAAAAUAACUAAUAAAUGUUGGAACCGAACCAAACCAGGUCAUAACGGUUCGGUCCGGUCCGGUUCUCCGGUUCUUGGUUCCCAAGUCCCAGCCCUACUUUCCAGAAUUAGGGCCUGGUAGUUGUCUUUCAAUAGCCAAGUCGGUUAGUUGCCCCCGGCGCCUUCUUACAUCCGCCCUGACCGAUGCGUAUAUAUAUAAUAACCCAUCUGUAAUAAGAUUUACUUUUCCGCACUUGUCUUUUGUUUCACAAACACAAAAACAACAUGAACGGUUCAGACGACGGGGAAGACAUCGACGCGCCGCCCUCUCUGUGCGAGACCGGGUGCGGCUACUUCGGAACGGCUGCGGCCAAAGGGAUCUGCUCCAUGUGCUACAGAGACCAUCUUGCGAAGGAAGCGGAGGCCAAGACUGCGAUGGAAAAGAUCACAUUGAUGGCGCUGCCAAACCUGAGAAUCAGAGUCCGUCCAUCGCCAGAUUCCGCCGGCGACGGGUCGCCUCCUCCGGCGCCGCGCGCGGCGGAUAGAUGCUGGAAGUGCCAGAAGAAGGUGGGGGUGAUGGGUUUCAAGUGCCGGUGCGGGUAUGCUUACUGCGGGUCCCACAGACUCCCCGAGGUGCACGACUGUUCCUUCGAUUUCAAGGGCCAGGGCCGGCGUGUUCUUGCCAUGGUCAAUCCUGCGGUCAAGCCCGAGAAAAUCUUGAGGUUUUGAUGGACCCAGAUCCUCUGCAACUGCUGCCUGGAGAUGGAAGAAGAGAAACAGGGGAUUCUGCAGGGCUCCCAAUGAACAGAUUUGAUUUCUCAAUUCCCUAUCUCUUUUCUCCGAACUAAUUUCUCCACUAUUACAUUCCUGCAACUUUUAUUGUUUAUUACGUUUAGGUUUUUUUUUGGAUUGAAUUGCGUUUAGGCUUUUUUUUUUGGAUUGAAUUGCGUUUAGGCUUUUUUUUUGGAUUGAAUUGCGUUUAGGCUUUAGAAACAAUUUCUUGAUUGGAGUAGAAGAUAGACAAAUUCUCAAAUAGGAUCAUCUAUUUUGCCUUCCCAAAAUAUGAUUGCUUUACUCUUAAAAAUGGGAAGCUUUGUGCUUGAAUUAGUCCUGUUUGUGAAUUUUGUCUAUUUCUUACUCUUAUUUGGGACAAUAUCUUUAGGCUAUUUUAUACUUUUAUUCAUGCAUUUUUGUGUCUUUCAAUUCAAUUUUUUUUGUUUGUUUCUUAAACAAUGUGAUUGAUUUACUCUUUUAGGCUUUAGAAACAAUUUCUUGAUAGGAGUAGAAGAUAGACAAAUUCUCAAAUACGAUCAUCUUUUUUGUCUUCCCAAAAUAUGAUUGCUUUACUCUUAAAAAUGGGAAGCUUUAUUCUUGAAUUAGUCCUGUUUGUGAAUUUUGUCUAUUUCUUACUCUUAUUUGGGACAAUAACUUUAGGCUAUUUUAUAUUUUUAUUCAUGCAUCGUGAUCAAAAAAAUAUUUUUAUUCAUGCAUUUAUAUUUCUUUCAAUUCAAUUUUUUUUGGUUUGUUUCUAAAACAAUGUUAGGUAUUAUUAAAUAUUUUCUAUGUCUUUCAAUGGUUUUUAAAGUUUCUAAAACAAUAUUAGGUGUGAAAUAUGUAGUAUAUAUAUUAGUUAUAUAUACUACAUAUAUCUUGGUUAAAGGGGUGAUAGAUACCCACGUAAAAAUUACUCACACUCUCCCGGAAAGGUUCGCCAAAUUGAUUUUUCUUGGUCAACGAAAAUCAACUUUGACCAAUGAUAUAUUUUAAUACAAAAUUAUUUUGAAUAUGAAAAUUAUAUCAAAAUGUUCCUUAUUCAAAAUAUUUUCAUAAAAGUAUAAAAUUUAAAAAUUAUAUACAAAUAUAAUAGGUCGGCACCGUUUGGGGCGAUUCUAGGUGGAAUUAUUUUAUGAAAUGUUUUGAGCAUGUUCUUCACCAAGUCUAGUUUAUCCAUACUGAAUUUCGGCUUAAAAUUCAACCGGGAAGGCAGUCAAAUAAAUUUUUGAAAAUAAUUGUGUUUUGUAAAUAUAUUUUUGCGCAGUUAGCUUCAAAAACUUAUUUGAAUGCCUUUCCGAUUGAACUUUAAACUUACAUUUGGUUUGGGUAAACUAGAUUUGAUGAAGAAUAUGGUCAAGAAUUUUCAUUAAAAAUCCACCGGAAAUAAGGAGAUUCCCAGGGUACCUUAAGUGAGGGAGGUAUAUGAGGGCUCGGUUGGCUAGUGUUGGAAAUACAUUUGAAGAGAGAAAUAUUUUCAACAAAUACAAUGUGUCGAGAGAUAAAAAUAUGAUAGGUGACAAGAUCAAGACAAAUAUAGGCACUUUGAGUGAGGGAGUAGGCCAUAAAUAUGCAGGCAAUGGAGCGAUGUAAUUUGUAUUUAGUAUAAGGCUGCACCCAAGAGUAACAUAGACACUCAAAAGUACGAAUUUUAGUAUAGUUGGUUUCUAUGUCUUUGAAUGGUUUCUAAAGUUUCUAGAACAAUAUUAGGUAUAAAAUAUGUAGUAUAUACUACGUAUUAGUUAAAGGGGUGAUAGAUGCCCACAUGAAAAUUACUUGAUUCAGCAUUAUUGCGUGCAUUGAAAAGAAUCUGUUUAAACAUUGACCUAAAACUUCUCUAGCUUAGGCUUAUGCUGUAACACUUGAAAUUACGGAAGUGUAUCAUAUAUAUGGAGUUAGAAUUAGGGGAUGAGAUCAAAUAACUAACUGGAUAAUAUGACUAAUGAAUAAAUACGAUAUAUAAUUGUUAAGAUAAUUACGAAGGAUUGUCUCUUAUAAUGCCCCCACAAGAUGGAGGUGCGGGAGAGAACUCCAAUGCAUGUAACUCUUGAAACCGCCCGUGAGGAAGUGGUUUAGUAAAAGAGUCUGCUAGUUGAUCUUCAGCUCUGAUCAUGUAACACUUGGUAUUAUGGAAGUGAAUUGUAUAUUUACACUUGGGUGUGCUCAUAUAUGUAUAUAUAUUUUUCGUGAACAUGUUAAUAUAUACUAGUCACAUAUAUAUAUAUGAGCAUCAUAAUUUUUCGUCCAGACGCCAUCAUUUGGGGCGGUUCUCGGUGGUUUUUUAUAUGAAAUGUUUUGAGCAUGUUCUUCACCAAGUCAAGUUUAUCUACACCGAAUUUCAUCUUAAAAUUCAACCGGGAAGGCAGUCAAAUAAAUUUUUGAGAAUAACUGUGUUUUGUAAAUAUAUUUUUUGCGCAGUUAUCUUUAAAAACUUUUUUGACUGCCUUUUCGAUUGAGUUAAACUCACAUUUUGUGUGGAUAAACUAGACUUGAUGAAUAACAUGCUCAAAAAAAUUCAUUAAAAAAUUCCUUCGGAAACCACCUCAAACGAACGCGGCCGGAUGGAAGGUCCUCGGCGGGACAGGAUGAUUCCUCCUAUAUAUAUACACUAGAUAAUUGUGAAGGAUAAUUAUGAAGAUUAUCUCUUAUCAUAUGCAACUUCUAAAACAUGUUAAAUCUAUGGAAAAUAACUUUUUCAUAAACUUUUUUGAACAGUGAUGAGAUAUGAUCAUAAUAUAUUGAUUUAUUUUGAAACUAUUUCUUUGAAGUCAUGAGAAGAUGGCAUCUACCAAAAUAUUUUCAAAUGGCUCUACCUUUUGGUAUUAUGUUUUCAAUUUAUGUCUCAAGCUCAUAUUUCCUAAUGUUUAAAUUAAAAUUGUAUGCUCUUUCAACUAACACAAUUGAAGCAAUCUAUAGUACAACUCAUCAAAUGUGUACUCCCCUCUCUGUUUCUUCAUCCAUAAUAGUCUCUACGAAUCAUUUUAAACAUGGUAAUAAAUAAAGCAACCUAGCAAAAGUAUAGCUUGUUGGUCAACUAUUCCUAUUUUAUUUCACCACAUACUAGGUAGUAAGUUAGAGAAUAAUAAAGUGAGAUGGAGCAUAAAAUGCACUCACAAUGCAAAAAAAAAAAAGAAAAAAAAAGAAAAAAAAGAAUAAAAAUAAAAAAGAAAAGAAAAAAGAAAAGAAAAAACAAACAGUAGGACGGAGCAUAAAAUGCACCUACUAAAACAAAUAUUCAAUAAUUUACUAGCUAGUAUGAGGGGGAAUAAAAGAGAAACGGUUGAUAACGGAUAUUUUUUUCUUGGUUGCAUUAUUUAUUACAAUGUUUAAAGUAGUUCAUUGAGACUAUUAUGGCUAAAGAAAAAGAGAGAGGGGUUCACAUGUGAUGAAUUUUACUUUAGGUUGCUUCAGUUGUGUUAGAGAAAGGAGCACACAGUUUUGGUUUAAACAUUGGGAAACAUGAGAUUUUGGUAUAAAUUGAGCAUAUAAUAUUGAAAGGUGAAGUUGUUUGGAAAUAUUUUAGUGGCUGCAAUCCUCUUGUCUUAAUAGAAAUUGUUUCAAAGCAGAUCACUAUUCUGUGAUAAUGUUCCAAUCACUAAUUUCAUAUUAGUACUAUUAUUUGCCGCAAUGAAGGUCCUAAACAGGGCAGACACCCUUUGUUCAGGGUGUUUGGGCGAACACCCAAAGUUUUGAAAAUAAAAAUGUAAAAAUACAUGUAUAGAAUUGAUGUAAUAAUUUAUAUGUAGUAUAUUAUAUUUUCUAUAUAACAUUUUUUACCCUUAUUUCCAUCAUUUGUAACGGAGCUAAAGAUUCACUAUUUUUUAGCUUGGAAAUAUGAUGGAAUAAAAGAAAGUGACUCACUAAACUGUCUGUGCUUCUUUAUUAUGAGGCAUCAGUCAGCCAAUGCAAUUUUCGACGUGUUUUUCGCCUUGGGUCAUCCGGAAACAGUCUCUUUGUGCUUUAGUACAAGGGUAAGACUGUGUACAUCCGACUCCCUCAUCGAUGGUGGGAGCCUUUGCGGCACUGGGGUAAUGAUGAUGAUGUAAUAUUUUUUACUCUUAACACUUUUUGGGAGUUUUUUUUUGUUUUUGAAAAGAAUACAUUACUUCAAUUGUGAGAUCAAACAUUAUUAUUGUGCAAUAUUUUAACUAUGAAAUUUUUUAACACCCAAUUUCCGGUUGUAAGAUCUGCCACAGGUCCUAACUCCUAAAUCAUAUACUUUGGGAUUAAUAAUACUUAAGUCAUUCCUUCAAAAAAAAUACUCUAAGUCAUAGUAUAAAAUAAUAAUAGCAGCAGAGUGCUAAAAGUACGAAAAGGUCUAGUUUAAUACACCCGCAUCACUUUUGUUUUUUAUUCAUGUCUUUUGCUCAAAACUUUGCAGGGAAUGGGUUGGAGAAGUGUCAAGUUUUAUGAAGUCAGAAGACUUGCUCUAGUGGACCUUGAAGGAAUUUAUGAUUUUAUGGUUGAAAACGUUUACAAUCGUAAUUUUGUGGCUGCUACUGCUGAUCAUGGAACAGACUUCAUCUCCGACAAGAAGCUGUCAACUGUGGAUUUCAAGCAGCAGCUAUGCAUCAAGGAUCUUAAUAGCUGAAGACAAAAAGCUAUGCUAAGAGAUAGAAGAAGGGGGAGGAAAUCAUAGAUUAGCUUUUCUUGUACUGCAAAACAGUAUAUGCUCUAUAUGGCACAUACAAUUGUAUUAUAUACUGAUCAUUUAUCCAAUAAAAUCUUCUUCCAGCAUUUUAUUUACACAUUUUUCCUCAUUCAGCUAAUGGUUCCUUCUUUGAAGUUGAAAGAAUAUGCAAGACCAUCUCUGCAAAUCAUAAGAAAAUGGGAGUGACAACAUUAAAUCCAAUGCCUUGAAAUAGAACACUCAUAAAUAGUGACUAACUAAAAGUGAAAGUCUGUGAAACCAAUACAUAGAAAGCAAAUUGAAUGUUAAAGACAUUGAACUCUUUGAAUUUUCAGUUCUUCUAAGAGCCUCGAAGUCUAGUCUCUAGCUACCUAAGCUUUCUGUAGUAUUUUGGAGUACAUUGACUAGAUCAAAAACUUAUGGAAUCAGAAGAAGCAAUGAAAAAUCAAAAUUUAUGAAAAGGAAGCAGAUGGAGGGGGGAUGGAGGGGAAUAAUGAAGCUUCUGAGUUUGAGACUUGAGUUUCCUAAUACGAAAAUGUGAGUUAGAACUGUGAGUUUCUUAAUAUGGAAAUGUUAGUUUACACUUCAAGUCUAUGUGUACUUGGUUUACUCGAAGAGGCAGAACGAUUAGUUUCCUUAUGUAAACUGUUCUAAACCAGC